AAAAGAUAGAAUGUACAACAUAUUCAGACAAUUCAGAUGUCAGCAAUGUUAAUUUGUAGAAAGUUUGUGAAAUGUUUUAUGCAAAAUCAAACUAUAUCAAUUGAAACCUACAUAAAUUCUUAACAUCACAAAAAGAAUUUUAUUUAUAAUAAUAUAUCCGAGAAUGAAUUUGUGACAAGUUUAUAAAUUUAUAUAAAUGGAACUUCCACAGCAUUCUAAAGAAAGAAGUAGUUUCUAAAAGAACUUACUUUCAUUGGAAUACAAUGUGGUUCAAAAGUCCAGAGAUCAAUACUUCCAUAGAUUAUUUAUUUCAUGAUCUUAUUAAAGAAUGUGAUGAUGAAACACCAGGUGCCAAGUUGUCAAAUAAUUUGCAGUAUCGAUUGGAAAAACACAAGCCAGAGGAUUUAAAAGAACUGGUUAGUCGUGAAAUUGAAGGAUGUGCUCCUCUUUUUAUAGCUUGUAAAAGGGGUCAUGUAGAUAUUGUGGACUAUUUAAUAAAAGUUUGUCAUGCAGAUAUAGAACAAACAGGUGUCUAUGAAGUACCAGAAGAUCGUUCAGUUCACAUUGUUACACCUCUCUGGUGUGCAGCUGUAUCAGGAAAGCUGCGUAUUUUAAAAUAUCUGGUUUCUCAAGGAGCUGAAAUAAACACUGUGUCCGAUACAGGCUCUACACCUGUUAGAUCUGCUUGCUAUAUGACUCAUGUUGAUAUUGUUUCCUAUUUAGUAGAAAAUGGUGCAGAUAUUUUAAAAGCAAAUUACAAUGGUGGAACUUGUUUAAUCAAUUCUGUACAGAGCUUGGAGCUCUGUUCGUUGCUUCUUAAGCAUGGAGCUGAUGUCAAUGCCACAGAUAUACAAAGUAAAACUGCUUUGCAUUAUGCUAUUCAAGAGCAUAGAUUUGAAACAACAAAACUUUUAUUAAAUCACAAUGCUAAUCCUCAUUUGAGAUCUAGAUAUAAUGAUGAUGCACUGCAAACAGCAUGUCUUAAGGGCGCAACACAAAUUUUUGAUGAUCUAAUUGAGAAAAUAAAAGAAUAUUCGCCGGAACAAUUAGCAGAUGCACACGAACUCAUUGGCUCAACAUUUUUCGAUGAGCAUAGUGACACACAUAUGGCGUUUGAGUAUUGGCGUAGGGCUUUGGUGAUUCGCAGUGUUAAUGAGAUAGAUGGUAUACCACUUCCAAAGAGAUCAAUGUACCCAAAAAGAGGUAGUUUCAGUAAUGUAACCGAGUUCACAUCUUUAGAAGAACUAAACAUUAUAAUGUUGGAUCUUGAUGCUAUACGCAUUCAAAGUUUAUUAAUAUGUGAAAGAAUUCUUGGGCCAUACCACAAAGAUACACUGUUUAGGUUAAUGUAUAGGGGAGCCUCCUAUGCUGAUGCCUUACGUUAUCAGUAUUGUAUAGAUAUGUGGAGACGUGUUUUAGAAAUUCGUGUCGAUAAAGAUUCCAUUUUAUAUACCGAUACAUGCUUUACUGCUCAAGCCCUUGUCCGACUUAUGGUUGAUUUAAAUGAAAAAACUCUAGAAUUAGAUAGAAAUCGAGAGAACCAAGAACCAAGAUUUUGUGACGUUGUGGAAAUAUUCAAAUUACUCACCAAUCAACUUACCGAAGCUAAACAAUUACUUGAGCAACGUCCAGUACAUCAAAGACAACGAGACAGUUUUGAUAGUAUUUUAAAAUGUAUUGCCUACUUAAUAUACUUACUUAUUAAGACAGCACAAUCAAGCGAAGAAAUAAUGGAAAUGCGACAGUUAGUGUACAAUUUAGUCAGAAUAAAUCCUAGAGCAUCUUUAACAGAAGAUACUCUUUUACAUCUAUGUGUCUCAAGUUUAACUGCAAUUCAUUCAAGUUACUUUAAUGUUGAAGAUGUUAUAAAUAUAUUUCCUCACUAUGAAGCAGUAAAACUUCUUCUAGAAUGUGGAGCUCAUGUUAAUGCUCGUAAUAGAUUGCGAUCUACACCUUUACAUGUAGCAAGUAGUACAUGCAAUUUUCAAAAUUCGUUGAUAAAGCUACUGUUAGAUUUUGGUGCACAUGUUGAUGUUCCUAAUAAGAUAGGGGACACUCCAGCUCGCUUAAUAUCUUCAAACACUGUAAACAAUAUCAAUCUUGUUAACUAUAUAACACUUCGGUGCCAUGCUGCUCAAGCUAUUUGCAAAUAUGGUCUUAAGAGCAAAGAACUUCCUAUUACAUUACAUCAUUUUCUUGAAUCUCAUAGAAAAUAAUAUGUGUGUACAUGUGUUAUUUAAAAAUUCAUAAUUUUUUUAUGUUUAGUAGUUUAAAUAACGUUAAUUUUUAUUCAUUUGCAUAUUUGACUUAUUUCCAGGGUUUAAAAUUAAAAUAUUUAAAACUAUUUUUGUUACUCAACUAGAGUAGAGAUAAAUUGAUGUUACAAAUAGUAAAGAACAAAUAAAUA